GCUUUGUGGAGUUUGCGUUGCGACAAGUUAUUGAUGGUCGAGAAUGGAUGGAAUCAGGGUUCAUUGCAGUCGGUCAAAUUCAGCAACUUGAACGUAUUACUUUGUGCUUUUUGAUAGUGAUCACAGAAAAAUUCCAGGGGCACUGGUGACGGCGCAGGACGGAGGCAUACACUCCGCAUUUGUCUCAAUCGUGUACAAGCAUGUUUUAAUUUGUGCUGCACUCGAUCGCUUUUUUCAUGCAUCACUAGUCUUUCGAAAUUGAAAAGACAAGUAUAGACUACAGAUUUUUGACCAUAAGUUUCCUCAAAGCGAAAUUGUAUACCUAGACCUAUAGUUUUGGGUCUUUUAUUUUAGAAUGCUUUAUCGGAUAUCUAAUAUUGUGUUAAACUGCUUUUUGCCAAAUUUUUGUGUGACCGAAUGCAAAUAAAAGUCAUUAAAACCAAAUCACACACCUGUAGCAACAAAUAGAAGUGCCAUUGGAGUUCCAAGCUAAAAUGAAUAGUCCGGAAUACAUCUACAGAUAGAACGACCGACUUCAAUACUAUUCAGUUUUCUAACACCGGUCACAAUGUAAUGGUCUACAUGUAGUGAUCCUCUGCAAAUAAUGAAUAAUCCAAGUGGAGGAAAGGACUCUAGUCUUGUACAAUGCAUUUUAAAAGAGUUGGCUGAAGAACUCUCACCAUAUGGUUUUGAUAUAUCCCCAUUUUUAUCUGGUUGGUAUGAUGCUAAUAUCAGUUCAAAGGUCCGGCUUGGGUCUGAUCUAGCACCUUAUGAAGACUGUUUAUGCAUUUGUUUGAUAAGCAGUCCACAAAUGUUUGAAAAGACAUUUAUACCAACUGUUUUUGAUUGGUGUAAAGAAUCAGGAAUAGAAUCACUGGAUAAUGUUUUGAAAUGUUUGAAAACUCGGUUUUGUGGAUCUAGAUUUCUUCCCGGCUCUGAUGAUCCCUUCGAUUGGACUGUUUUUAUUCGAUUACAAAAGGCACUAAGUAAUUCUGUUCAAAAUUUAAAACUUAAUCUAACUCCUGACGAGUCGACAAAGUUAAAUAAUGCGGAAUGGAUACCAGAUUAUUCCAUCAGACCAGUUACUCGACUUCCCUAUGUUCAUGUGCAAACAGCUGGUCACGUAUCAGGAAUGGCUUAUUUUCAUCAACCUAGUGAUUCAAUAAAGAAAAAAGGCGGUUCCUAUAGUGGUGUCAGUUUGCAUCCAUAUUACGGCGGUUGGUUCGGGUUUAGAGGUAUUUAUAUCUUCCCCAACUUACGAUAUCCAACUUUACCAAGACAAAAUCCAUUAUCUCCUAUCUAUUCCGAGAAUGAACAAUUGCCGGACGAAUUAUUAGAACAUGUAUUGCAUGAAUAUAAUUGUUGUUGGAAUGAAAAUAAAUGGAGAGAUUAUAAGUUACCAGAUACAAUUGAUCACCGUUAUUCAUCAAAUGCUUUAGCUUAUUUUUCAACGCCACCACCAGAACGCGUACAAUUUGUUCGAAAUUGGUUUGCACGUUAUAAAAAUAUUGAUCAAUAACAAUAACCAAAUCCAUACACAAUUUGACUACCUUAAUUGUAAUUCAAACGAAAGACAUUGUAUUUUAGACAAUAUCGGGAGAGUUGACACUAAUGUAGCUUAGUGAAAAAGUGUUUCCAAAUGAAUUCAUCUGAAUGCAAGUCUUGCUUUGUUUAAAUGAGUAAAUUCAUAGACAGUUCGGUUUGACUGGGUUGAGAUAUUUGUUUUUAUCUUUAUGUUUUUAUCGAAUUCUUAUGCACUGUAAACUUUAUUUUGCCUUGGUUUGAUAGCAAAAUAAUAAGAAUUCUCCUACAUUUUCCACUGUAGACUUUCAUAAACAUUUUAGUUGAUUGCAUUUAUAUGAUUGUUUUUAUAUUUUCGCUGACUUUUUUCGUUAACUUGACUUGAUUUUACUUUGAUUUAUUAAUAACAAUGGUAAUAAGU